AUGGAGAAGGUUGGGGAGGCUGAUGGAGUGGAGCCUGAGGUCGACCAAGACGAUGGCUACGGCUCUAUGGUGGCCGCGGGGGCAGGAAGUAAGGACGCGAUGACGGCGCAGAAGGCGGAGGGAGGAGGCAGCGGCUGUGCGGAAGGCAAGCGCGAGGUGCCGCGGCAACCGCAUUUCACGCCGCCGCCACCGCCGUCGAUGUCAUCCUGGCGGCGGGGAUUGAUUGGAGGCAAGGAAGCGGAGGAAGGGAUCUGGCCCAGGAGGCCAGGACGAAACCUCCGAGGUCGAAACUCAGGCCCGGACACGCACGCGCAUUGCAGCUGA